AUGCCUGUCCUUAACCUGUCUGAGCUGAACAUUGUUCUCGGCGUCUUGGGCGCUUUCAUGGUCCUUUAUGGCAUCAUCUCUGUCAAGAUCAAGCAGGCUUGGUACCUUGGCGAGGCCCUCCCCGCCGUCUUUUUUGGAGUCAUUCUCGGGCCUAUAGCAGCAAAGUUCAUAGAGAGCGAGAAAUGGGGCUCCGCUGAGCCAGGACAGACCAGCGCCAUCACCCUGGGUAUCGCUCGUGUCAUGAUUGGAGUACAGCUCGUAAUCGCAGGCUAUCAACUCCCCGCCAAAUAUGGACUCACACGAUGGAAAGAGAUGGCUCUCUGCCUACUCCCCAUCAUGACUGUGAUGUGGCUUUGCACAACAGCCUGUAUCAUGGUCACUAUCCCCAACUUGACCCUCCUCGCCGCCCUUGUCAUCGGUUCCUGUGCAAUCGCAAAAGGACCCUUUGCCGAUAAAUAUGUAGCUCGCCCUCUACGUGAAGUAAUUUCCGCCGAGGCUGGUGCUAACGAUGGCUUUGGCUUUCCUUUCCUUAUGCUCGCCACAUAUUUGAUCCAACACGCUGAGAACCCUCCUGCUGCAGCUGGAGCUGUCGCCGAAGGAGCCAGCGGAGUUGAUGCGGGACAUGCGUUGAUGGCACGCGCUGGUGAGGUUGGGCGUCUCGGUGGCGGCGUAGGGGUGGCCAUGGCGAACUGGUUUGUUGAGACCUGGCUAUAUACCAUUGUCUUGUCUAUCGCAUAUGGUGCUGUACUUGGGUACGGGUCCUGCAAGGGUAUCAAAUUUGCACUCAAAUCUAAAUGGAUCGACGAAGAGUCCUAUGUGCUUUUUCCGACCGCCCUUGGCCUUUUCACUAUUGGUACAUGCGGAGCUAUCGGAACCGACGAUUUAUUGGCAUGUUUCGUUGCUGGCAUGGCACUUAACUGGGAUGGAAACUACCUUCGUGAGACUGAGCGUCGUCACGACGAAGUCAACUCAUGCGUCGAUGUAAUACUCAACUUUGGAGGAUUCAUGUACAUUGGUGCUAUUCUACCAUGGGGGGACUUCCAUGAUCCCACCGGUACAGGCAUAACCUGGGGGCGCCUUAUUGGACUUGGUCUCCUCGUCCUUGUCUUCCGCCGUCUGCCUGCUAUUUUCGCUUUCUACAAGCUUAUGCCUGACGUCUGUACCAAUUGGAAGGAAGCUCUAUUCAUGGGAUACUUCGGACCUAUCGGCGCUGGUGCUGUCUUCUACGUUGAGCAUGCCAGACAUCUGUUCCCACACGAAGGCGAAGGUGAUGAAGAGGAGACAAACCUCGUUCGUGCGAUGGGCCCCGUUGUCUACUUCCUGGUUCUCUUUUCCAUCAUCGUACACGGGCUAUCUAUCCCAGCUCUCAACAUCUUCUAUCACUACACUGGAAAGGCACCUAUUCAGGAUGACGCUGUCGAGUUGAGACGCAUCUCGGUGCGAGUUGCGACUCCUCCAAAUGCCAUUGCAGGGGAUAAAGAUACCUUUAUUGCCUACAACCGGUUCAGUCGUCAUGUCGACCCCAGCGCCAUUGGCUUGCCAUCCAAUAGGUCUGUUGAUAGUCUCUCUGAUGAUGAUCUUGGCAAGGGGCAGAAGCACGGUAUGGCAAUCGUUUAA